AUGUGGAAAAUUACUGACAAACUUUACUGGAAGACCUGGGAGGGAUCUCUUCCGAGCGGAGCUGUUCAUAUCAAGAACGACUACUACAAUCGCAUCGACUAUGUGAGCAAGCCCUCAGGUCGAGGCGAUUGUGGUUUCUACACAGAAAGUAAGGGUCAGUACUGCUACUAUGCAUUGGGUGACCACCCAGCUGACCCGGAGGGACUCCGCUUGGCCGUCACUCACCAAGGCAUCGCUCUGGGACGGCAAGCUGAAUCCCUCAACCAGAUGGCCGCCGCCCAGCAGGAUCUUUUCCGUCGCUUGGACGGUAUUUCUCUGGCUCUGACGGAUUUAACCUCCCGAGGACCUACUAACGCCUCAGCCAGCAACACGGGUUCCGCCACCGGAAGCCCGGGCCCCGCUGCAGACAAAGCAGCUCACGAAAACAUCCGGCUCCUUCCUGAGCCUUUCCUGGGUGACGUAGGAGCCUGCGGGGGAUUCCUCCUGCAAUGUCGUUUGAUCUUCCAGCAGGCACCUCGGCACUAUCAUGCAGACCACAGCAAAAUCACCCUUAUAGUGAACUCUCUCCGGGGUAAAGCGCUUCAAUGGGCUCAGGCUUACCUGACCGCUAAUCCCAUCUCUCAAGUUCCUUUCGAACGCUUUUUAGGCGAGUUCCGGCUGGUUUUCGACCAACCCCGCAAGGAGGAGGAGGCCACCCGCCGACUGCUAGCCCUCAAACAACGCCACAGAUCCAGGAACCGAUGCAGAUUGGACAUUCUAAGCUCACCCCUGAGGAGCGGCAGAGACGAAGAGAUGAGGGGGCGUGUUUCUAUUGCGGCCAGACCGGUCACCUCGUUCAUCAAUUUUUACAUUACCAAGACCCCCCAGUCUCCCAUCAUUCUAGGGUUCCCCUGGCUUCGCGCUCACAACCCCCAGUUCGAUUGGGUUAAUCUCCACGUUACCAACUGGAGCACUACCUGCAUGGCUAAUUGUCUUCGUUCCGCCAUACCCUCGGUUUCUCCUCGUUGUGAUCCAGAUCCUGAGGAGAUCGAUCUUUCUAGGGUUCCUCCGUGCUACCACGAUCUUGGGGCUGUUUUCAGUAAGACCAGGGCUGGUUCCCUUCCUCCCCACAGGCCGUACGACUGUUCCAUCGAACUAGUUAAAGGCGCUACGCUGCCUAAGAGGAGGCUAUUUAAUUUAUCAGGCCCUGAGAAACUGUCAAUGGAAAAAUAUAUCCAGGAAGCCCUCUCGGCUGGUCAUAUUCGCCCCUCAUCUUCUCCGGUCGGUGCGGGGUUCUUCUUCGUCCAGAAGAAGGACAGAACUUUGCGCCCAUGCAUUGAUUACCGCGACCUCAAUCAAAUUACUGUUAAAAAUAAAUAUUCCCUUCCGCUUAUUGACUCUGCUCUACAUUCUGUUCAGGACGCUCGAGUCUUUUCCAAGUUGGACCUCCGUAACGCUUAUUAUUUGGUUCGCAUGAGGGAGGGGGACGAGUGGAAGACCGCCUUUAACACCCCACUCGGUCAUUUCGAGUAUUUGGUGAUGCCUUUUGGGCUCACCAACGCUCCUGCUACCUUCCAGAAUCUCGUUAACGAUGUUCUUCGUGAUUUUUUGAACCGCUUCGUCUUUGUUUACCUUGACGACAUCCUUAUUUAUUCACGCGAUCUGGAUGAACACACCCACCAUGUCCGCCAGGUUCUCUCACGGCUUUUAGAGAACCGACUAUAUGUUAAAGCCGAAAAGUGCGAGUUUCAUGUACCCACCAUUUCAUUUCUGGGUUUCAUCAUUGACUCUGGUAACAUUCGCCCCGAUCCGGCCAAGAUCGCGGCCGUCACCAGCUGGGAACCUCCCACUUCCCGUAAACAACUUCAGAGGUUCCUCGGCUUCGCAAAUUUCUACCGUCGCUUCAUAAGGAACUAUAGCAGCAUUGCCGCUCCGUUGACUCAACUCACCUCCGUUACUAAACCGUUUCUCUGGACCCCCGAAGCUCAAUCCGCAUUCACUAGACUUAAGCACCUCUUUACUUCCGCUCCCAUUCUAUCACAGCCUGAUCCUCUCCGACAGUUCGUUGUCGAGGUCGACGCUUCCGAUUCUGGUGUGGGAGCGAUUCUUUCCCAACGGGAGGUUGGCUCGGGGAAACUGAAACCAUGUGCGUUCUUCUCUAGGAAGCUUUCUACGGCGGAGAGAAAUUAUGACGUCGGUAACCGCGAACUCCUCGCCAUUAAACUCGCUCUGGAGGAAUGGCGUCACUGGCUCGAGGGGGCUGAACAUCCGUUCAUCGUUUGGACGGAUCAUAAAAAUCUCGCCUACCUACGUACAGCUAAACGCCUUAAUUCACGUCAGGCCCGUUGGUGCCUUUUUUUUGACAGGUUUGAUUUCACUAUCACCUACCGGCCGGGUAGCAGGAACAUUAAACCAGACGCCCUCUCACGUUUAUUUUGUUCAGGGGAUGACCAGGACAGCUCUCCCAUUAUUCCCCCCACAUGUAUUGUGGGUAAUUUGACAUGGGACAUUGAGAGCAGGGUCAUCCAAGCUCAGGGAGAGGAACCUGACCAUCCUCCGGCCCCCCCUGGAACUCUUUACGUCCCCUCCUCCCUCCGCUCGGAUGUCCUGGUUUGGGGGCACACGUCGCGUAUUGCUUGCCAUGGCGGCAUUCAUAGAACCCUGAGGCUCGUGCAACGUAGAUUUUUCUGGCCUUCCAUGGCUCGGGACGUGAGGGAAUUCGUUGCGGCUUGCGACGUCUGCGCCCGCUCUAAGUCUUCCAACUCGCCGCCUGCUGGUCUCCUCCAUCCUUUACCUGUUCCGCAGCGGCCCUGGUCCCAUCUCGCCAUGGACUUCAUCACUGGGUUGCCGGCCUCUCAGGAUAACACCGUCAUUCUUACAGUUGUCGACCGUUUUUCCAAGGCUGCCCAUUUCAUUCCCCUUCCCAAGCUGCCCACGGCCACCGAGAUGGCUGACGUCUUGGUUCGAGAGGUAUUCAGGCAUCACGGCAUCCCCAGUGAUAUUGUCUCCGACCGCGGGCCCCAGUUCAUAUCCCAGGUCUGGCGGGCUUUCUGUUCUGCUCUGGGUGCCACGGUUAGCCUCACAUCCGGUCAUCAUCCCCAGUCAAAUGGGCAAGCGGAGCGUGCAAACCAGGAGCUCGAGGCCGCCCUCCGUUGUGUGGCCGCCCAAAACCCCUCCAACUGGUCUUCAUUCCUGGCAUGGAUCGAGUACGCCCACAACAGCCAUCCGUCUGCUGCUACCGGUAUGUCCCCGUUUGAAGCGUCCCUCGGAUACUCUCCACCCUUGUUCCCCUCCCAGGAGCUGGACUUGGCGGUCCCGUCGGUUCAGCAUCACCUGCGACACGCCCAGCGUAUAUGGACUCAGGCCAGGGCCGCUCUCCUGCGCACUAGAGAGAGGAACUGCAGGAUCGCUAAUCGCCACAGGGUGGAGAGCCCCGCCUACCAACCGGGACAGAGGGUUUGGCUGUCUUCACGGGACAUACCGCUCCAGACCACCUCCCGUAAACUGGCUCCACGCUACAUUGGACCUUACCCUGUCGAGAGGGUCAUAAACCCCUCCUGUGUGCGGCUGCGGCUCCCGGCGGCGCUUAAGGUGCACCCCACGUUUCAUGUCUCGCAGCUUAAGCCUGUCCAGGAGAGUCCUUUGUGCCCGCCGUCCGCUUCCCCACCGCCCGCCCGGGUCAUCGACGGCGCUCCUGCCUACACCGCCAGCAAGGUGUUGGACGUCCGCCGCCGGGGGCGCGGUUUCCAGUUUCUGGUGGACUGGGAGGGUUACGGUCCGGAGGAGCGCUCAUGGAUCUCCCGCUCCCUCAUUCUGGACCGUACCCUCAUUGACGAUUUCUUUCGGGACCACCCUGAUCGUCGUCCGGGACCGCCUGGGGGCGGUCGUUGAGGGGGGGGUACUGUCACGGUUCCUCCGGCUGCUACUCCUCCCCUCCCUGCUCCUUCAUUGGAACCAGCUGACCUGCAUCAUCU